AUGGCCGGCGUGGAGCGCGGCGGCGCGGCGAGCGUGGCCGUCGCUGGCGAGCGCGUCCGACAAGGGAGCGCGGCGGCUCGGACGAACGCGGCAGCGCAGGGGAGCAUGGCCGUCGCGGGCGAGCGUGGUGGCGCGGAUGAGCGCUGCGGGCCUCACCUACGUAGAAAUGGCUGGUUUCCUCCUAACGCCAAAACUGUCGUAAUGGAAAUAAAUAUAAAGUAA